AUGAACAUAGUGAGGGCCAUUGUGGUGGCUAUAACCAGCUGCCUACUCUUAAUGGGGAUAACUGAAAGCAAAGGACCUGCCAUUGAAUUGAAGAACAACUACGUAGAAGGCACAAUCAAAGCGAAUGUGAAUGUCUUGGCAGAUUGUACCGUGUACCUCGAUUCAGAUAUAUAUAAGAAGCCAAACAAAAAUGGGAAAUUUAUUUUUACAAACGUAAAGGAAGGAACCUACAACAUGUUUGUUAACCAUCCAUACAUUGAAUUUAAUAAGUACCAAGUGAAUGUAAAAAAAAGCGUCACGAAAAACAAUGACAAGGUUUACGUUGUCCAAGCAUAUGAGCAGAUAUCUCCUUUUGAAAACAGCAACUUGAUGGUUACCAACAUUGUUUUUGAGGCUAAAAAUGUGUAUGAUUUUUUGAUGCCCAAAAAGAAUUUUUAUUUAUUUAAUUUGUUUAAGAGUCCUAUUUUUUUAAUUUUCCUCUUCUUCUUAAUUUUGAUGAGUGUGCUGCCACAAAUGCAGAAAAUGUCCGAGUCUGCCAGUGAGGAGACCAUCGAACCUCCUGCAUACAAGUCGAACUUUGUGGAGGCCCUCAAGUGA